AUGCUGGCACGAGGCGCAGCAGCGAAGGAGGCCUCCAUUGACCGCCUGCCUGAUGCGGUGGUGGGCAGGAUCCUGGCGCUGGCGGGUCGCGAGGAGGCGCCCGCUGUGGUGCUGACCUGCAAGCGCUGGCGCCGCGUCUUUUAUUCGGAGCCCGCCCUGUGGCGCACCUUCACUCUGAAGUUCAGCAAGCUGCAUCGGCGCCCGGAGGAGGAGUGGCCAGUGUGGCUGCAGAAGCAGGCGGCACUGGUGCGCCGCGUCGCGCCGGUCCUGCAGGGCCUACACUGGGACGCUGCGGCGCAGGAAGAGAUCGGCAUUAACUCUGCCGCAUCAUUUGAGGAGAAUAGCGUGCCGGCUUUUCUGGGCUACCUGCAGACCAGCCGGCUCAAGCAGCUGAAGCUGCAGGGCCUGGAUCGCAUUCCCGAGGCUGCAGCCAUGUCACUGGGCAGAUUCACGCAGCUGACGGAGCUGAGCCUGUGCAGCACCAGGCCGCUGCCGCCACAGAUGCCCCGCUCGCUGGCCCAGCUGGGCGAGCUGCGCAGCCUGCGGUUCAGUGGCCCUGCCGUGCCGCCGGCGCUGCUGAACAGCAUCCUGGCGCUUUCACAGCUGACCAUGUUGGACCUGUGGGCAGAUAUCUUCCCGCCACCUGCCGCCAUGGACCAGCUUACACGCCUGGCCCAGCUGCAGGAUCUGGGCUUGCAUGCUGGCUUCAAGCCGGAAGCAGAAGUGUUUCAGCCGCCGGCUCCUGCACGCUUCCCGGCUGGGCUGCAGGGGCUGCACAAGCUCAUUCUCAACGACAACUCAGUCUCCGGCAACAGCCUGACCCAGGCGGUUGAUGCGCUGCUGCAGCAUGCCACGCAUCUCACUGCCUUGGAGUGCAACAAUAACGGAGAAGUCUUUGCCAGCGUGCUGGUUGCAGUACCGCCCAGCAUGACGCAGUGCGCAGCGCUCAGGCGCCUCUCGCUCACGGGGCAUCAGCUGACCGACGUGCCAGCAGGGCCGUAUCUCACUGGUCUGCAGGCCCUGGUAUUAGAAAGCAACGAACUGGAAAAACUGCCGGCUGCGCUGGCGGCAGCCACGGAGCUGACCAGCCUGAACCUUUCACACAACGCAGACCUGCACCUGAGGCUGGCCGAUGCGGCGGCCGUGUUUGCUCACCUGCCCCACCUACGUCUGCUGGAGGCUUACGGCGUGGGCGCAGUGGAGCCUGCCCUGCUGCAGGACCUGCAUGCGAGGCUGCCUCAGCUCCAAGUCAAGCACAGUAUUGGCCAGGACGUUUGGAUCGACGAUUACGACGAAUAUUACGACAGCGAAUACGGCAUCGAAUACUACGGCAGCGAAUACUACGGCAGCGAAUCUGACGACGACUGCGAAUAG